AUGGAAGGUGAGACGAUUCUCUUCGAAAUCCUUCUGAUUGUUAGGAAUUGCUGUACUUUUGUGAAGCAUACGCUGAGAAACGACCCGGAGGCGUUUGCGAGGAUUAAGAACUCUCGUUUUGGAAAGCUGUGGGAUUUUCCCGCCAUUAGAUGCCCUGUCUCCUGCAAACUCAUCCACGCACUCGUUAGCCGACAAGUUCUGUCCAAGAAGCAUUACGAGAUGUGGACGGUGUUUGGUGGACAACCUAUGCGUUUUUCUUUGUCGGAGUUUGCAAGCGUGACCGGUCUCCACUGCGGUGAGUUUCCCGAGGGAUACGACCCAGACUGGCAACCGCCGGCAAGCAAAGAUCCCGAUAAGUGGUGGCGGGAGAUCAUCGGAAAUGACUCGAGGACAACACUAGGCGACAUUGCGACAAGGCUAAGGAAAGAGGAGAUACAGGACGUUGAAAGGAAGUUGCGGCUUUGCCUCAUACUUCUUGUUGAUGGGGUUCUGGUCGUGAACAGCCAAACACACAGACCAACUCCUAAGUAUGUGACAAUGUUGGAGGACAUAGAGGCGUUUUUGAACUUCCCAUGGGGCAGGGAAUCCUUCAUGAAGACAAUCUCCACAAUGCGACCUCUAAGAAACCCAGCUGUGAAAGACGAGGACCCUGUGCGCACUCUAGUAAAAAACCUUGGCCAGACCUCGUUUAGGCUACUUGGUUUCCCUCUCGCCUUGCAGCUCCUCGCCUUCCAGUCCAUUCCAGUUCUCGUCGAGUAUCUCCCCACCUCAACGCCGUAUGACACACUGCUUGACUUGCCGGACGAGUUAUUCCCAACGAAUCCAUCGCUUUCUAACGAGGAUGUCCUUAACGCUGAGAAUCACCCUAAUCUGUCUGUGAAUCCAUUAAUACCGAUAGAUGCGCCUGAAGGGUUUGUUGGUUGGGGGGAGUUUGCUGAGAAAGAGGUUCAAGACAGGAAAAUUGCGUAUUUGGAGGGGCUAAUUGCAAACCAGCACCGUUUCACAAAGGCUGAAUGGCCUGGUGGUGCCACUGAUUACGAACCCAUUGUUCACGUGCACAAACCCCCACGGAUAGCUCACGUUAAACACAUUUUCAAUCGAAAAAAGGAUAAACGUCCUCUCGGUGUCCGUUCAUCUCCGCGUACAAGCCGUAAAUCAUCUCGGGGCAAAGAGAAGGUGGCUGAGUGUAGCCAUUCUGCCUCACCUGAGGAUUUGGUAGAGCAAAACAAGUGGCUGUUGGAUGAGGUGAGGUUUUUGAAAGAGGAACAUUGUAAGCUGGUAGCACGAACCACCAGAUUGGAGAGAAAGGUGCAGUUCCAGGCCUCACGGCCAUUGAGGAAACUGGCGACGCAACGCCGUGUCCAUCGAUCAAAAAGGAAGACGCCUAAGAGUAGCGAAAGAGAUGUAUCCGGAUCUGAGGAUUUUGCAGCUGACAGUAUAAUUAGCCAAGUGUGCAACGUCGAUGGAUGGAUAGGACCCUAA